AAGGGUGACACUUGACACCUUUGCUAAGUAAGUGCCAUAAAACGACAGCAGUGACAGUUACCAUGGCACUCAGAGACAAACAAAUGAAUUCUCAAUAUAAUCGCUAUGUAUUGGAUUAAUCCCUCUUAGUUCCCCAGUGCGAUUCCCAAGAGCAGUGCAAGAUGUACCUUACGCAGCUAUUCGCCAGCAAGCGGACCCAGUUCCUGCACCGUAUCACUCACUACACCGAGCAUUCGGAUUUCUUCAUCAUGCAGCGCUACUUUGAGAAGAUCUACGCCAUUCACUACACACCGCAUGGCUGGUACGAUCGUAUCCUCUGGUAUCUGUACCGUGCGCUGUACGGUCUGAUCUAUCUAAGCUACAUCCACAAAACCCACUGGGUACUGCACCACCCGCAGGACAGUUUCAGCACAGCAAACAUCCUUGGCGUGAUGUGGUUCUUCAGUGUCGUCAUUCUGCGCGUUGCCAUCCUCGAGUGGCACUACCCGCUAAUGCUACGCAUGCAGACCUUUCUGAAUGAUCACACCUCCUACCAGCGGACCGAUCCGUGGACGGUUGACAGACGGACCCGCUUCUACCGUCGAACGAAUCGUUUGAUACUGGCCGUAAUGGGUAUCAACUUGGCGGAGACAGUCUGCUUCACUGCCACCAACGUGAUGAAGCUGGAUGAGUUUAUGCUGCAGUUCCGGGGAGCGAUCGUUGGUGGCUGGCCGGUGCAGAUUGUGUACGGCGUGCUGACCAUGGGCUUUGGCGGGAUGUACUGCAUGGGUUUCAUGAUAUGCUAUCUGCUGCUCAGCAUCUUUAAGCUGGAGGUGGACAUACUGAUACAUUCGCUAGAGGAGGUUGAAAGAAGUGAUCGUUUGAAGAGUGAUUUUGGAGAUAGUGGAGAUAUCUUCUGGAAUAAUAUUGUCGACCAGUUGAGACCUCAUAUGCAACGACUGGAUGAAUUAUUUAUGUGAGUAUUGUUGACAACUUCACAACCUAUGCCUGGAGACUCAUAAAUACUCUAUCGACACUGUUAAACAAAACGCUUGACAGUAGUCUCCGAAGACUCAUCAGAGCUCUAAUUUCUAACCACUUCACAACAGCCAACUCCAACACCUGAAAUCCGUCAUCGGACCUAUCGCGUUCGUGCAGUACUACAGCACAUAUCUCAUCAUUGCGGACUGCUGCUUAAUUCUAGUGUCGCAUGGACUGUCCAGUUUCUCGAUCGUGUACUUCAUCUCCAUGCUGGUGUUUCUCACCGAAUCCUUCUUGCUUUGCCACGGAGUGGAAAAUUUAAGAGACCUGAAACCACGCAUUGCUUCGACGGUGUACGAUUUUGACUGGAUGUUGCAAAUGCGCUGCACUAACCCGGGACACCGGGCUCAGUAUCGUCACGUACGGCGUACCUUGCUCCUGCUUACAGCCCAGUCCGACCAAACGAUACAAUUCAGCUUCGCCGGUAUCGGCGAAAUCUCGAUGAACAGUUUCGCCCAGCUCUUGGAGAAGAGUUACUCUAUGCUAACGUUUUUGCUGCAGUUCGCAAAGUAGAAAUCAUCCACCAUUCGGAAGUGAAAGGCACUACACCCGCACAGCGUUACAAGGCGCACAUCGCACAACGAAUUCAACACACAAAAAAUGCCCCUCGGCUGCUUUUAAAAGCGAUUAGUUUUGCCUACGAAUAUACGACAUCGCCCAAAAGCCGCCUCGUACACAAACCGUCGCACAUCAAUUGUAGAAAACCACUUUAUUUGAUUUAUCUUGCACGUAUCUUCCCUCUUCACAGCCUGGCUCCCAUAUCGUGCAAUCCGCCUCCUUCUACGGGAAAAUAAAGUGUCAUAAACAAAUUUCCACUGCAAUUUAUAUGCUCUCUAUGCCUACGGGGGCUCCAGUAGAAAAGGUAGUGAACCGGAACGCACCAAAGUAGCAAAAAAAAAAAGAGUGGAUCCCCAUAUUCACACAUUUUACUCUAAUGGAUGAUAAACAUAUUGGAACAUGGAGCACU